AUGGUUGAGACGGACAAUGCACAAUGCGACGGCGACAGGUCAACUGAAGUGAUGGACCGUGCGGCGGUGAUGUAUCAGCAAAAUUCGAUGAAAACCGAAUUGAGAUCACCUGCAGACUGUUGUGGUAGGUCUACGCGGUAUUUCACAGAUCAUUACUAUCCGCACUCGCCAACCAACUUCAGAAGCCUGGCCACUAGAAACCUAUACUAUGAUUAUUACGACCCACCUGCAAUGGUGACGCACAAGAAAGAUCCAGACGCCAAGACUUAUUACGGGCAGGACGCCAAUGAUAACGCCACAAGAUACUCAACACAAGGCAAGUUAACUGUAAUAAAAUUAAGACCAAUUUUGAACAUCAUGACAUUAUAUAAUAAUAAUAAUAAUAAUCUUUAUUAA